GAAGAAGGCAUACGUCAUUCACAAUGGCGGAGACAGGGUGAGAAGGAGAGUGUGUUAGUGAAGCGGCGCAGUAACCAACUACAUUGCCCGCGAAAGACGCUCACGGUGCCUGAAAAAUGGCCAUGAACUCCAAAGUGGAGAGAAAAACGGGCAUACAGUGUCUGAAGACCGGCGAGCUCGACGUGGAGAGCGGCGAUAGCAAGAAAAAUUCGUGGUCAGCCGCCAUCUCGGCCACAUCCAACCAAAAUGGCGAUCAGACUGGAUGUGAAGACCGUAUAAUGCCGGAACAAGAAGCAUCUGAGCGGCGGAGGAGCGGGCACACGGACACAAGAAGCUCCAAUAAUUCACCGCUACCCGGCCAGAGACCGGCUGAACAGUUGCCAAGGAGAAAUUUUCAGAUACCGAGGAAGAUUAAGGAACGGAAAGGCCUGUACCAGUUUCUGCCCCCUGACUCCCGGGACUUUGAGGGCCUUGUGAAGAUUCUGUCCUCCUCCUACCUGGAUGCAUCGUCUAGAGGGACAUUCUCCUAUAGCAAAGCCAGGCUCAUUCACAAUGAGCUGCUGGAAAAAGAGUUCAUUGAGAAGAGGAGGGAGCUAAAGCAGGAGGGCCGUACAGACCCAGAGCUGGUGGAGUCCUACUGCUUCAUGUUCCCAGACAAGUCUAAGCUCCCGUUGAUUUGUGAGAAGGGUCUGUCCGUGGGACACUCCAGGAUCACUGCACUCGGAAAUCCAGCAAUGGGUGUUUAUCUGUCCAAAUUCUCUGAUUUGCUUCAAAUGAACCCGUUUGAAGCAGGAACCUGUGGAGACAUUGUUGUAUUUAAAGUCAUGAGGGGCCGGCUGAAGAGCAUCUUUGAGAACAUGCCCAAGAGUGUACUGGACCCCACGCCCAAGUUUGACUGUCAUGUCUCUAAGAACGCCACACGGGUCACUUCCCUGCUGUCAUACAGGGCCUUUGAGCUCACGCAGCAGUAUUUCUAUGAGUUUGCUUUUGAUGAGAUCAAGUCUCGGCCCAGGCAUGUGUGUCCAUACGCUGUGGUGUCCUUCCAGUACAAAGGCAAGGAGUCUGCUGCUGCACCUAUGGCUGCACACAGGUUCAACAGCACUGUCUGUGAAGGAGGAAGCAGAAGGAGGAGUAGCUACACUGUGUGGAGUGGGCCGCUGGUGAACAAGGGACAGGAGUUGUGCCAGGUGUGUCUGUGCUCCUCUACACGCCAUUUCCUCCCUUUCAAACUAGCGGAGAAGUUGGAGAUGAGUAUGGGGAUGCAGCUGGACCAGGUGAAGAGGAAGAUUCCCUCUGUUCUGUUUUCCUGGGAUACCUACAGCGGAACACGAGAAGUGCUAAAGUGUGGGAUGUACUGCAGCCUGUUUGAGGUGGUGGAUGGGAAGGGAAAAGCGAGCACCAGCACUUUAUCAGGACUAAUACACAAACUGGAGAGAGAGAGGAUGGUGCUAGUGAAGCCUUUAUUUGAUAAAGGCUUUCUCUUCCUCUUGUCAUCUACUCAGAUGGUUAAUCCCAAGGAACGACAGGGGCGGUUUGAAAAGAGCCUGCAGGCAUUGUUUAUCUUUCAGGAGUCCAGGGGAGUCAUUAAGUACAAGCAGGAGCCCCUGUCAUCUGAGACUCAGCCCCCCCUCUUGGUCUCCAUGGAACCAUUCAUCCCAGCCCUGCACUACGCCCUGCUGAAGAUGCGCUCCACCCCCGACAUCAAGCACCUCAGCACCGGGGUGGAGCGCCAGGCCCUAGACUACCUGACCAGGAGGGACAGUGUCAGGGCCUUCCUUGUCCCAGAGUACCAACAGAACCUGGAUGAGAGGGGCAGCAUGCACCCCGUGCCCCGUCCCAAAUCCAACAUGGAGGGUCUGCUACGCUCCUACCUGCAUGGUCCCUCCUCGGCUUACGUCCUCCCCAUGGUCAAGGCCAGGGACAUGAUGGACAGGAUCAACCAGCCCCCGUCUGCCCCGGCACCCACCACCACGGACUACAGCCCUGUGUCAGACUGGGGGGGCUCAGGAGGGUCGGACAGACCAGAGAGGCAGCCUCCAGAGAGCAGUAGCAGUAGUAGGAGAGGGGGGACUUCCCAGGCCCAUUCUAACGGGGCUGCAGCAGGGACAGGGGCCCCUCCCCAGAGGUCCAGGCUAGCCCAGAGUGAUUAUGAUAAGGAAAAGAUGAAACAGCUUCUGAAGCUGAUCCAGCUGCAUAAGAAGGCCCUUGUGAAGGAGCCAGGGGAGAAGGAGAGGGACGAGGGGGGUGAUGAUGGGUCCUGGGAGGGCCCCCACGGCCUGAAGAGAAAACUAGAGGAGGACGAAUCAGGAGCCAUGUAUAAAUAUCUACGGGGAGCCCACUUCAGCAACGGAGAGCCCAGUAGAGUAGCCCAGGGGGAGGAGGAGGGGGAGGGUGGGAACUACAACCUGGCAGCAGUAAUGGAGAGUAUGGGGAUCUACAACACUGACCUGAGGGACAGGGGCAACUCCUCUCAGGCAUCCUCAGCCAACGAGACCCAGCGCCUGCUCAAGAUCCUGCUCUCCACCCUCAACAAGGCCAUGGCCCAGGGUGCUGCCGCCACCGACCUGCCCGACCACGGGGAGCCCACCACGGGCACGGCCAGCAUGGAGAAGCCCCUGGCUGGAGCGCCGUACGCAGGGCGAGUGGAGCAGGCCCGACAGGACUGCCUGGAGGAGCAGACGGAGUGCAGUCUGGCCAGCCUCUUCAGCCCCGGCUCUCCAGGAGAACAACACCACAGCUCAGAAAAUCCACCACUCACCUUGGAUCUGGCCUCUCACACAGACAAACCUUUCCCCUUCCUUGAUGCUCUGACUGACAGCCACCUGGAGCAGAGGAGAGGUCUGGAGGGGGGUGAGAGAGGUCAGAGUGGUGACUCCCUUGAGCAGGAGACUGUUAUGAGGCAAGCCUCUAUAGAAAGGGUAGCCAGUGGGGCUUCCUUGGAGAGGGCUCUGAGGGGAGCCUCUCUGGAAAGGGACAAGGUUCUUAGAGGAGCCUCCCUGGAAAGUGAGAGGGUAGCCAGGGGCACCUCCCUAGAGAGGGACCGCAAGGUGGAGAGGCCAGCCAGGCCGUCCAGCACUCUGGACACCAUCAUUAGCCAGGGGCUCCACUGCCUCUCUAACUCCAUCCAGGGCCUCAUGGAGACCCAGAGGAUCUACUACAACUCCCAGCUGUCCCCAUGGCUGCCCCAGCGCCUCGCCUGGCAGCCCAACAGCUCUUUCUCAGACUUUGUGGCACCCUAUGUCGUGUCUGUCCCUGUCCAGGGCCACGUCAACACCCUGUGUGAGAGGAUGGGCCGGCUGGUGCCCCAACUCCGCCACACUGACUCUGCUAAAGCGCAUGGGGCUUGUUCUACCCUCUGUGCUCCCCUCACAACUGUGCCACCCCCUCCACAUGCUCUCACCCCCGCCCCUCCCAUGCCCUCUCUCCCCCCACCUCCUCAUCACAUCCACCUCACCCCUAACCCUCCUAUUCUCACUCUCCCUUCCCCACCCCAUUCCCUCACUUCCAUCUCUCCCCUUCCCCCCAUCCCUCACCUUCCACCCCCAACUGCCCUCGUCCACCUCCCUGACCCUGUACCCAUCACGUCCCCCACCCCCAAGCAUGUCCCCAAAACCAAAGCACAGCCCCCUCAGGAUAAGAGCGCCUCUUCCUCCCAGAGCCGGCACAAACUUGGUACAGUCAAACAGCCACACAAGAACCCCUCCGCAGCACAGAAGCCCUCCACGAAGAGGAAGUUUGAGCCAUCUUCCUCAGAGUGUGAGAUCUACUCCCCUUCCCAGGCCACCAUGGGCUCCCCAGAAUGCACCCCCACCCGGCCUAAACAAGCCCUUCUCACAGCCCCCUCUCCCCUGACCCCGGCCUCAGCCGCUGGACUACUGAUAGGCCAGCUGAAGCCUGAGGUGUUCAGCAGCCUGGUGGAGAUCUUCAAGGACGUGCAGAAGAACACGGUCAAGUUUUACAUUCACUCUGGAGAUGAGGAGAGUGACAUCUGUGUGGAGAUCAAGGAGUAUUUGAUGAGCCUGGGUAACACAGAGUGUAACCCCCAGACAUUCCUGGAGAAAAACAGCAAUCUGGAUAAACUGCUCAUCAUCAUUCAGAACGAGGACAUCUCUUCCCACGUUAACAAGAUCCCAGCCCUGGUGUCUUUGAAGAAGCUGUCCAUGGUGAGCUUUGCUGGAGUGGACAGUCUAGACGAUGUGAAGAACCACACCUACAACGAGCUCUUUGUCUCUGGAGGAUUCAUCGUAUCUGACGAGUUUGUCCUCAACCCAGACUUCAUAACUCACGACCGGUUGCAGGCAUUCCUGGGGUUCCUAGAGGAACAAAGCUCUCCAGAGAACCCCUGGCAGUGGAAGAUCCACUGUAAGUCCCAGAAGAAACUCAAAGAGCUGGGCAGGUUGAACAGUGAUGCCAUGGCUCUUCUGAACCUGCUAACAGCCUAUCAGAAGAAGCACCUGGUGGAGUUCCUGCCUUACCACGAGUGUGACGCCCAAUCACGUCAGGCCCCUGAUCUAGACUGCCUGGUCAAGCUCCAGGCUAACCACACCCAGCACCGCCACAUCAUCUUCCUCACAGAGAGGCGGUUUGAGAUGUUCCUGCAGUACUCCAGGAACGGCAUAGUGAUAGCGAACAUCGAUGACAUCAUGACAAGUUUUCACAGCCUAAUUGGCUGCAGCGAUCUGAACGAGCUGCCCACGCCGCCCUCUACUGUAGUGCAUGACGAGUGUGUAGAAGAGGAAGAUAUGUCGCUGGACUCUGAUGACGACACCCAAAACCAGCCUAUCGCCAAGCCCCCUGCCCAAAGCCAGGAGGGGGGAACAGGAGGGGGCAUGGGGGACGCAACCCAGCAGCCCCCCUUACCUGAGUCAGACGAUUUCCGCCCCCCUCUUCCCGACCAGCUCAACACCCCUGGCCGACACACACCCUCCUCCAUCUCUUACUCCAGCGGCACCGCCAACCUGGCCGACUUCGCUGCUCUCAAAUCAGCCAUCUCCCAGUUCAAAGCCUCUAACCAGGUUGGGAGGGCAGGCUUGGCAGACAUAGGCAGCACUUCGCCAGGAGCGUUUGCUGUCAACCCCCACCAGAGCUUCCUGUGUCCCUCCACCCAGUGGGCAUCCUACUCUGGCUCCUCCGGCUACACGGCCUCCCCGGCCUACCCCGCCUCACCCUGCAGCAGUAACCAAGAACAGGACUACAGACACCCAGCCACAGCACCUACUACAGCCCCAGGCUCAACUCUCACCACACGGCCUCUGACCAGCCAGGCCCCCCUCACCCUAUCAGACAUCCCCCAGCCUCCCCUUCCACCACAUCUCACGUUGGGUGGGGCUCAGUCUCAGUCAUUUAGGAUGCCUGGCUCUGAUACGGGAGCAGCAGGGGUUGGUGUUGGAGCAUCCUUCUCUAUAGCCAGCAGUACUAGCAUUCUGUCAAGCACAGCUAUAGAGGUCUCUUCCUUUUCUCCAUCCACUGCACUUACAUACUCAGACCCUGCUGUUGCCUCCUUAGGCCUGGGCUAUUCUCAGAGCGAAAUGGCCCAGCUCAGCUACCUGGAAGGGGUCAGCUCCAGCACUAAUGGGACCCCCACCCAGCAGGGGGACAGGACACUCAGUGGGCCUGGGGAGAGCCCAUGGGGGUUAGGAGGUGGAACACCUAACAGCCAGGGGGGGGGCACGCCUGGCUCUGUUUCCCACAGCGGUCUCACCCAAAGUGGGGAGAGGGAGAGGACAGGCACUUCUGGUGGCAGUACCCCUGGAAGUCAGGGGGGCCGGACUCCAGUGAACAGUAUAGAAAGCCUUGGAGCGGGCAUGGCUAUUGCCUCUGUAGCCACCAGGGGGGGCUCAAUAGCUAGGCCAAUGCUGCCAAUCCUUGGAGGUACUGGAGGUAGUCGAGGCGGAGUGGCCAGUGUACAUCCACUUAGCGAUGGUCGCUUCAGCUGUAUAGGUGCCAUGCCUGGACAGAUGGAUGGGGGUAUGGAACGCGGGAGCAUGGUUUCUAGGGGAAUGGGUCCCGGGUCGUUAGGGGAGUGCCGAGGUAGAGGAGCCCCACCUGGAGGCCCCUGGCCCAGGCCAGGUGAACAAGAUUACUACUCAGAAUACACAUACUCACACAACUACUCCCCCUGAACAGACGAUCAUAAUUAUAGAGGGGGUAAUGGGCACGUCACACUGGUAGAGCUGAAUGUACAUAUUUACUUGUCAUAAACACAUUGAAUUGAUACUGGACAGAAGGAUCCUGUUUUUUUUUUACAAAUAAACUUGAUACAGGCAGUGCCGAGUGUCGUUACUGUCGUGUAUAAACGUACGCUCUUUACAUGUGAGCCUUUUCAGACCCCUGUUCCAACCACUAUAUUUAUAAUUGCCAAGAAACCUUCCACUCUUUUUGGUUUUGUUUUAUGUUUUGUUCUUUUCAGUUUUAGAACAGUUUCUGAACAAGGGGGAAGAGACAGGCUAUUUUAUUUUUAAAGAAAAAAAACAUAAGUGGAAGGCACUCACUUUUCACUGUUGGUAUUCUUUUUUACAUCCUUGGUUGUUCAAAGAAGAAUAUCUAUUAAAAUAAACAUGUUUCAAAUCA